CAUCCAAAUAUAACGUCGGACGAUGUUCAAGUUCAACGCGUUCGUCGGGCGUCGCCGACAAGUCAUCGAUGCGUUGUGCACGUUUAUGCUGAUCAUCGCGUGCCUGUUCAACAUCGCGGUGUCGCCGUACUGCAUGUGCGUGAUGGAGUCGUGUCACAAGCACGAGUUGACGGCCGUGUUGGUGCGAGUCAAAACCGUAAUGCCCCAGACCGUGGCCGUAGUGUGCCUGGUGAUUCGGGCCAAGACCAUGUUGCACAGCGCGAACGGCGAGUUCCGCGAGUACGAGGACAAGGCGCGCGAGUACGAUGCAUGUUUCCUGGACCGGGUCGGCGGCGCUUUCGUCGCGUUCAUCGUGUCCGCGUACGCCGUUACCAUACUGCCGAUAAACGCGUACCGCUUGUACCUGAUCUACCGGGACGUCCGCGACCACACCGUCACCGCGUUCUUCAUGCUCAUGUACGUGCAAAACCUGUGCACGUGUUCGACAGAAAUCCACUACGUGGCGCGCUGUUCCAGACUGUACCGGCGGUUCUGUCGGAUCAACGAGGACGUGUCCACGCUCAAGUUGGCGACGGUCGCCGCGAACCGGUACCCGUCCGUGUUGCUGCAAUCGGCCGACGGACGCGACGACGACGACAACCGACGCCGCGGGACGAUGUCUUGGACGCGUCCCAUGGCCGGCGACGUCGAGCUGCUCCGGAUGAGGCACCAGUGCGUCCGGGACGCGGUCGGUGACCUGAACGACUUGUACGGCGUCCAGCUGCUGUUGUCCCUGUGCAUCCUGUGCUUGAUGACCGUGAUCGACACUUACGGCGAGAUGUUCCGCAAGUACUCGUUGGCCAGAUCACAGGCGUUCCUGUACGUGUGGCUGACGCACUAUUCCUUCAGACUGUGCGCGAUCGUGUUGACGACGCAUUUUACGAUGAAACAGGGGUAUAGAACAAAAACGCUUGCAUCUGACAUAAACAAUCGAAUUUUAGAUACCAGCACAAAGGAAGAGUUGUACUUGUUUUCCAAUCAAAUAUUACGUAGUUCACUGGAAUUCACUACCUGCGAUUUUUUCACAUUAAACGCUCACUUCAUUACUUCUACUAUUUUCGCAGUCAUAACAUAUUUCAUUGUGUUGUUUCAAUAUGUUCGCUAAACGAAAGAAAAUAGUAAUAAUACAGACAAAUAAAUACGUAUA